AUGUCGUUGAUACGGAAAAGAGUACGUCUUCGCAUUUACAGGUUUGCCUACUGUCUGAUCUCAAAUGACUAACCAUCUAUUUAGAAGCUACUCGAGACGCAAGAUCUAGAGCCCACGGCCAAGACUCAACCUACCAUUGAAUCCACCACCAGCAAGGAACGCACGCCGAUAGCCAAGCUAUACAGCACACGAACGCCGCCGCAGGCAGCACUCACGAUCCCGCACCAGCAACGCGUCGUGAUUGGGCGCAGCAAGACGUGCGACGUGCAGAUUCUGGGGUUGGACGUGUCGUCGCGUCACUGCAGCUUGAACUUGGUAUGUUUGCCGCAGUCUGAUUCGCAGCGCGAGUACAUGGACUUGUGUGACUUGUCUUCGAACGGGAUGUGGGUCAAUGGCGAGCGGAUGGAUGGCGCGGGCAGUGCUGUAGUUUUGAAGAGCGGGGAUAAGUUGACGUUUGCCAAGACGGGCGGAAGCUGGAUCUUUCGGUAUAAUGUCGAUGGAGAAGGUGAGGAAGGGGAGGGAAAUACGUCGGAUGUGAUGGUGGAGCAGAGCGCGAAGAAGAGAAAGACGACGCGGAGAUUAUCGUUUUUCGACGAGUACAUCUUGGGCCGGCAAUUGGGGUCGGGCCAUUACGCCGUCGUGAAAGAGGCACGAUGCAAACGCACGGGCGAGGUUGUCGCCGUCAAGAUCUUCCACCCAAACAAGACCGGCAAGCUGGAAGAAGAAGCCAAGUUGCAACAAGAAAUGAACUUACUCCUAGCUAUCAACCACCCCAACAUAGUCCAGUACCGUGGCCACUAUACUGAACCCCACCUGAACUCCACUACAAACACGUAUUUGGUGCUUGAGAAGAUGAACAGCGGCGAGUUGUUCCAGCGCAUUAUCAACAAGACGAGGUUGGGCGCCGCGGAAACGCGAGCGAUUUUCACUCAGUUGCUCGCGGGACUCAAAUACUUGCACGAUCGAGAUAUAAUCCAUCGCGACAUCAAGCCCGAGAACAUCUUGCUCGAUAUCGUGCCGCGUAAACAUGCAGAUGAAAGACAGUUGGGGCCAUGGGACCCCGAGGAGAUUGACGUUCGUGUGAAGAUUGCCGAUUUCGGCUUGGCCAAGUUUAUCGGCAAGUUGAAAUUCACCAAUACCUUAUGUGGCACCCCCGCCUACGUGGCCCCGGAGAUCUUGAGGUUACAGGAUAAGAGAAACUAUCUGACGAAAGUUGAUCUAUGGUCGAGUGGAGUCUUGCUUUAUGUGUGUCUAAGCGGGUUUCCUCCGUUUAGCGAUGAGUUGGCGCCACCAAAUAUGAAGGAACAGAUCUUGCUGGGGAAAUACGCGUUCUACUCUCCUUAUUUUGAUGAUAUUAGUGAUACGGCGUUGGACUUGAUCACCAAUUUGUUGAAGGUUGAUCCUGCUGAUAGGUUUAAUGUCGAUGAAACUUUGAAUCACGAGUGGUUUACCGAGAAGGACUAA